GUCAAGUCCCAGCAAGAACUAUAUCAGCAUUUCCCGGCACUUAUAAACGUGAAACGGCUAAAACAUGGCAGCACACAGCGAGCUGGCUGCCCUCGCCCAAAUAGUCGCAGGACCAAGCUUCCACUACGAGCGAGACGAGAUCGCGCCCAUCCUCAUCGAGCACGUCCAGAGAUCCCGCAUCAACACCAGCAAACGGAUCGACAACUGCAUCCUCGUCUGCGUAGCCAGCUGCGUCGGCUACCAAGGCAUCCCAGUCGACCGACUCGAGCAAAUGGCAAACGCCUCCAUAGCCGGCGGGGGGUGUACAUUCCCACGGCAAUUUCUCUUUCUGUUCAACCGACUUGAGCGACUAGGAAUCUUUCUCCACCAGAUCUCAGAAGAAGAAAUGCUUGCCGAUGCAGCGUCAGCUGCGGGGCACUUCUCGAUCUUCUGCGUCUUUGAAAAGAGCUACACGAACACCAACAGCAAAGACGACAGAAAAAAUCGUAAAGUCCAGCACGCUGUGUUGUACGGCGGUUCUUCGGACUCGGGGCCGAUCUACAAGGAUUUCCAAUUUUCGAAGAAGGGCUCUGCUGGUCGGGAGCCUCUGGACAGGACGGAGUAUCUGAAAGGUUGGACACUCCUUCAGGUGACGCGGGUGGAAAGCUCUCGAUUUGAUGAGAGACGCCCUCCUUUGGAUGACAGAAACCGGAACCUGCAGAUGAGGCUAUGCAGGAGCUGGGAUCAGCAGGAUCUCGCCAAUCCACAGGCCAGGUCAUCCGUGGUUCAAUAUUUCCAGCUCACAGGAGUGAUACUAGAUGCAGGAAGGAAACAAAACUGAGCUUGCAUUCUGUUGCCCAUACUUGAACGUUAAACAUCGUUAAAUACAAAAUCAUCAUUUCCUCUCCCCCCCGGCUCAAAGCAAACAUAUCAAAAUCUCCAAAUCAAUCGAACUUCAAUGCAGGUCAAUGUUCCCACCCCGUCCAUCGGAAUAUACGAAAGCAGGUCCCAUCCAUCAAGCCUUCACCUUGCACCUGGGACACACCUGGCCCAUGAUAACCUGAUAAAUCACCGGGUCAUUUGGGUCUUGGUCUUUCCUGCAGGUGCGGCAUAUCACCGGCGGAGGCAUCGCGGGGAUGGAGUGGGCUGGGCCUCGCUCCUGAGUUGCACCUCCGAC